AUGACAGCCUCCUCGCUGCACGAAGUCAGGAGUCCGGGCCCUCUGCGGACGGAGUCCAAGGCUGCCGCGAAACGGUUCAUAAUCCCCAACAUAUUUGUGCUCGAAGGUGUCAGACCAGAGUGGAGCUGCUGGUCUUACGACCUGCAAGCAGAUUUCUUUUCGCAUUCCAUCGGGAUGAUGCGUGAAAUGUCCCAAGUCCUCGAACUUCCCCCUCCACCCAUGGACCUGUCGCGGUCUCGGCUCUUGAGGCUUCAACAGGCCUUCAUGGACAACGUCUUAAAAUAUCUUCCCAUAUUCGACCACGAAACGGCAUCGAGGCAUAUAAAGUCGGCGCUGGCCCUCGACUAUCACGAGGCCACUCCUUGUGUGGCCUUGGCCCUUUUGAUCUUCGCGAUCGGCUCCGCAGCUCUAAACACCUCCUUCUACACGGCCUCGUCCGUAGACCUUCCUGGAUUUGCCUACUUUUCCCGAGCAAUGGCAAUACUUGACAGAUUGCAAGGCCGAGUGAUAGACAUUGCCACUUUGCAAUGUGGCCUCCUUGCAGCUGAACUAGAGCUGUGCCUUGAUCUCCCUUCAAAUGGGCUACGUGCCUACGAAACAAGGGUGCCACUCCCGACGAGUCAAUAUGACGAAGAAGGCAUGUACUACCUACUGUCACUGAUCUCGUUUCGAAAGAUCUCUGUGGAUAUCAAUGAAAGCGUCGGAUAUAGCAGUCCGCCGUCCGGCAGCUACGGCGCCGUCAUCGCGAACGCGCUUACACAGCAACUCGACGACUGGUAUCAGUACCUACCGGGCCCCGUGAAAUUUCCCUUGGACGAUGAUUGGAUAUUCGAUGUUCGAAAAGCACACUUACGUUGUCAGUACUUCAUUCACAGAGCGAUGGUCUCAUGGCCACUUUUGGUGGCCAGUCCGGGUUUCGGAACCACUCCAGAAUACGACAUGGACAUCCCGGAUGCCCAGAGUCUUGAGCAAGGGCUGCGCGAAUGUGUAAACGCUUCUCGAGCUUUCUUGAAAGCCGGCGAAGAAAUAUUGACGCAGACGUCCUUGAUUGCGCAUUUGGCUUUGAGAGGGUAUUUCGCCACGGCGAUGAUUCUGGCACUGGUGCAUUCGAGCAAUCUGCACACCUCAGAAGAUGAGAUCGACGACGACGGGAAGCUUCUGCGGCAAGCGCAUCGAUGUCUCUCGAAUUGGAAAGAAGUUCCUUUUCUCCGUGUGUCGAUGGUCAAGCUUGAUGAUAUCUUGCGGCGGAAAAACAUCCUCUAA